UAGCUUUUCAUCAUGGAGUUACCCGACAGGUUGGAGAGUGUUGGACAUAAGAUAGCGCUUCAUCUGCUCAAUGACUCCAUUUUGAGUGGAAAUAUGAGCGCUUUGGACGAAGAGGAUGGCCUUCUGCCGACCGGAGUUAAGGUCACAGUGGUCGCGCUGUACUGCAUCGUGUGUGUAAUGGGACUUGUGGGGAAUUGCCUGGUCAUGUAUGUCAUCAUCAGAUAUACAAAGAUGAAGACGGCCACCAACAUCUAUAUCUUUAACCUGGCUUUGGCUGAUGCCCUUGUUCUGGCUACUCUACCUUUCCAAGGCACAGAUGUGCUACUAGGCUUCUGGCCUUUUGGCUUGACUCUCUGCAAGAUGGUGGUGGCCAUUGACUAUUACAACAUGUUUACCAGCAUCUUCACUUUGACCGUUAUGAGUGUGAAUCGUUACAUUGCUGUGUGCCACCCAGUGCGCUCGCUGGCUGUGCGUACACCCAACAGAGCCAAGCUGGUCAAUGUUGCAGUGUGGGUACUGGCUUCUGCUAUAGGUGUACCUGUUAUGAUCAUGGGACAAGUGGAAGUGGAAUCCAAUGGUAUUGAAUGCAUGGUGGUGCUUCCUGAUCCUCAAAGCUACUCUGAGCCUGUAUUUGGCAUCUGUGUGUUCCUUUUCUCUUUUUUGAUUCCAGUGGCUAUCAUUAGCAUUUGUUACGGCUUGAUGGUGCGACGCCUGCGUAGUGUUCGUCUCCUCUCUGGCUCCCGCAGCAAGGACCGGAACUUGCGAAGAAUCUCACAGCUGGUGUUGGCUGUGGUGGCUGCAUUUGUUCUCUGCUGGAUGCCUGUUCAGGUCCUCGCUCUGGUUCAGGCUUUGGGGAAGGUAGACCUUGGAGGCAGCCAGACCUCUGUAGCAGCAAUGCACUUCUGCAUUGCAUUGGGUUAUGCUAAUAGCAGUCUCAACCCUGUGCUCUAUGCCUUCCUGGAUGAAAAUUUUAAACGCUGCUUCCGUGUGGUCUGUGUACAAACCAACACAGAUGUGGAACUGGAACCACAGCAGAGGAAAUCAGUCAGGAAGGUGGAACAAGAGUUCAUACAAGGAAACGGAAUGGUUAAUGAAGCUGUUGCCAUUCCCAGGUGUGAGGAUUAGAACUGCAAUCUGGACAGUAAAGGUGCUCUAUUUGAUCACAACCAUAAACCAUUGUAUGUGCUGUAAAUUUUGCUUAUCUGUAAAUUACGUUGCAAUUUGCAAUCUUUUUUAAUGUGUUGUUUAGCUGUGGGACUAAAUACAAGUAAAUUGCCUCAUGGCUUGGGACAAAGGGCUUAUUCUGUAUCUUUUUAUACCGCAAUCACUUUAAACUACCUUGUACCUAGACCCACUGAAGAGUAGGUAGGUAUACAAUUGCUCAUCUUUUGCUAUGCACAAUUUGUCAAUCCCCAUAAAGGGGAUAAUUAAUGCAAUUUAAGCGUGGACAAGACAUCUAUAGUUAAAUAAAAUCUAGACAGAAGGGUGCUACCAAAGCUGGUAUAUGUACAUUUACAACAUACAUAUACGGUAUAUGUAACUGAAUAAAUGGCAGAUUAACACAGACACAUUGAAUAUGUACAUAAAUUUUCAGGUAACUAUUGUAAUAUGAACCUCUUUAUGGUG